AUGUCUAGCACAAGCGUACUAGUGUUGUUUCUAGCAGUGGUGCUUCUCACCACUCCAUCCAAUGCCGAUUACCCAAAACCACCUCCAUAUGAGCACAAGCCCCCCACUCCAAUUCAGAAACCUCCCCCAAUUGAGAAGCCACCAACUCCUAUUUACAAGUCUCCUCCAGUGAGCAAUCCAACCCCUGAACAUAAGCCACCAACCCCAGUUUACCAACCCCCUAAACCAUCAGUGCCAAUUCACAAGCCACCAACCCCAAUUUCUAAACCUCCAACUCUACCUCCCAAAGUAGAGAAACCACCAGUGUAUAAGCCACCAACCCCAGUUCAGGCACCUCCUAAGGUAGAGAAGCCACCCACUAGUCUACCUCCCAAAGUAGAAACUCCAGCACCACCAAAGCACUUGCCAUCACCACCUUAUGGUCACUAUCCAGGACACCCUUCAGUGGAGAAAGGUCAAGAUCCUCACAAGCCACCCCGCAAGAUUCUGCCACCUCCAACACCAUACAAGAAGCCACCUUCUUCUGCCUAG